AGAGCAUUGGUGUGAGGAGGUUGUUGUUGGUCCUGGUGUUGUGGUGUGCGUGAUUAUAAGUGGGUGUGCGCGGGAUCAAUGUCAGAACCCUCUCUGUAUCACAACACAAACACAUAGAAAGAAAGAAAGAAAGAAAGAGUAGUGAGUAGUGAGUCACGGGUUUGUCUUGAAAGGCCCUUAUUUCACAGUCCCAGACAGACAGACACAUAUUCUCUCUCACUCCAUAACCGAUGUAGGAAACCAUAUUUAUAUAUAAUAAAAUCUAUCUAAUCAGACAAAUAUCCCUUUAACUACACACACCACCACGGCUAGCAAGUAAGUAUACUAAUUAGUACUUGUCUCUCUUCUAUUUACCUCACCACACCACCAUUCUCACAGUCGUCACUAGGAAUGGCUCUUCUGCUAGACAACUGCGAGAGCAUUCUACUGUCGCUAGAGUCAAACAAGUCGGUGCCGGCGCCGUUUCUGACAAAGACGUACCAGCUGGUGGACGAUCCAGCCACCGAUCACAUAGUGUCAUGGGGAGAAGACCAAAGCACCUUCGUCGUUUGGCGUCCUCCUGAGUUCGCUAGAGAUCUUCUUCCUAAUUACUUCAAACACAAUAACUUCUCAAGUUUCGUUCGCCAGCUCAAUACUUAUGGUUUCAGAAAGAUUGUUCCGGAUAGGUGGGAGUUUGCUAAUGAAUUCUUCAAGAAGGGAGAGAAGCACUUGCUGUGUGAGAUCCAUAGAAGAAAAACCGCACACCACCCUCAACAGAUAACCGCCAUCAACCACCACCACUCUCCGAUUCCUUCUUUCUUUCCAUUCUCAAGCAGGCUCAGCAUCUCGCCGCCAAACGACUCCGAUGACCAAGCCAAUUGGUGUGACUCUCCGCCGCCCACCGCCACACCCUGCUACAACACCUCAUCCGUCACGGCGCUGUCGGAGGACAAUGAGAGGCUGAGGCGGAGCAACACCAUGCUCAUGUCGGAGCUUGCACACAUGAAGAAGCUCUACAAUGACAUAAUCUACUUCGUUCAGAACCAUGUGAAGCCAGUUCCUCCAAGCAACACUUGUUCUUCUUCUUUGCUUCUUUGCAAUAACACGCCAUCAUCACAUUCAUAUGCUUCUUCCGGUGCCGCUAAUGGUAACGUUUCAAUGCUGCAAAGGCCGAUGAACCAUCUUCUCGGGUAUUAUUCUCAAACUCAAAACUGUCCAAGCAACACGGCAAGGAGCUCCGUCACGAUUGUGGAAGCGCCACCACCCUGUAAGACCAAGCUUUUUGGAGUGCCGCUUCAGUCCAAGAAAAGGGUGCACCCUGAGUAUGGGUCUAACAACCUAGCUAAUUCAGAGACUAACAAGGCGCGUUUGAUUUUGGAGAAGGAUGACCUUGGCUUGAAUCUCAUGCCUCCUUCUACUACUUGUUAAUUAGCUAAGGCUUCUUUCAAAAUCCAAAGCUAGAGUUCCUUUCUUUCUUUCUUUCUUUCUUUUUUUAUAUUAGUUAUAUUAUAUGGUCUUGUUUGUUUAAUUUUCUCUUCUUUCUUUUAAGGCAAAAUGAGAUCCUUCAUCAGUUUUGAGUAGCCUGAUAUUGAUGGAAACGUACGUGUGUGUGCGUGAGAUGAGUGACUGUUUGUGAUUCUGUGUACAUAUAACUUAGUGCCCAAAACUAUCUUUCUUUCAGUUUCCCCCAUCCCAUCCAUUGGUGUAGGUGGGUUUUAGUAUCAACUAGAUUAAACCAUCUAUUAUUAUUAUUUAACUCCUAUUUCAU